GAGUGCUCCUCUAGCCCUCUCUCUUGCCACCAACUAGUACAGCCGGGUCUCCCUACACUGCCCACUACUACCACUAGGCGCUAGCGGCCGCUCCCCAUCCCUCCCAACCCGAGACGGCGAGGCGCCCAAGAAGCGGCGAGAGAGCGUGCCACUGCUGAUCCCAUCCCAUCCCCACCCCCCGCAUUGUUUCGAAAUUCGCAGGCAGGCCCUCGGAGCCGGCCUUGCGGCGGCGGCGGUCCCCGGCGGCGUGGGUCGUCUUUGGUAGAGAGAGAAGGGAUUUUCUGUCUUCAGAGUUUUAGCCGGAGCCGGGAGCGAGAGGGGGCAGGGGAGGCGGCGGAGGAGCGGAGCGCCGCCCAUGGCCACCGCGCGUGUGCGUGUCGUCGCGCGCCUGAUGGUGGCGGCGGCCGCGGCGGCAGUGAUGUGCCUCUCGUGCGCCGCCGCGGCGAGGUCGCCCGAAGCCAGGAUGCACCGGCACCUCAAGCGCCUCAACAAGCCCGCGGUCAAGAGCAUCGAGAGCCCUGAUGGGGACAUCAUAGACUGCGUGCACAUCUCACACCAGCCGGCUUUCGACCACCCUUUCCUCAAGAACCACACUAUCCAGAUGAGGCCGAACUACCACCCGGAAGGCCUGUUCGACGAAUCCAAGGCCAAUGUGGCCUCCUCCGGCGACGGCGAGAGGCCUAUGGUUCAGCUGUGGCACCAGAAGGGCAGGUGCCCGGAAGGCACCGUGCCGGUCCGGAGGACCAAGAAGGACGACCUGCUCCGGGCGAGCUCGAUCCGGCGGUACGGCAGGAAGCGGCACACGGUGGCGAACCCCAUGUCUGUCGAUCUUUCCAUGCUCAACGAGGGUGGCCAUCAACACGCGAUAUCGUACGUGCAAGGCGAGAAGUACUAUGGCGCCAAGGCGACGAUCAACGUGUGGGAGCCCAAGAUAGAGCAGCCCAACGAGUUCAGUCUGUCCCAGCUGUGGAUCUUGGGUGGCACAUUCGGCGAAGACCUCAACAGCAUCGAGGCUGGCUGGCAGGUUAGUCCGGACCUCUACGGGGACAACCACACAAGGCUGUUCACCUACUGGACAAGCGACGCGUACCAGGCAACAGGGUGCUACAACAUACUAUGUGCAGGGUUCGUUCAGAUCAACAGUGAGGUCGCCAUGGGAGCCAGCAUCUUCCCCAUCUCAGGCUACUCCGGAUCCCAAUAUGACAUCAGCAUACUCAUCUGGAAGGACCCGAAAGAGGGGCACUGGUGGAUGCAGUUUGGCAAGGAGUACGUCCUCGGCUACUGGCCGUCCUUCCUCUUCUCCUACCUCGCGGACAGUGCGUCGAUGAUCGAGUGGGGCGGGGAGGUGGUGAACUCGCAGCCCGGCGGCGUGCACACGUCGACACAGAUGGGUAGCGGGCACUUCCCAGAGGAAGGGUUCAGCAAGUCGAGCUACUUCAAAAACAUACAAGUGGUGGACAACACCAACAACCUCAAGGCCCCCAAGGGGGUGGGCACAUUCACCGAGCAGUCGAACUGCUACGACGUGCAGAACGGCAACAAUGGCGACUGGGGAUCAUACUUCUACUAUGGAGGCCCCGGCAGGAGCGCAAGCUGCCAGUGACCAGAAGACACCCUGACUGAGUGAUCCAUUCAAGUGUAAUACACCAUCUGCACAAGUUUUUCUUAGCCCUAGAUUAGCGUGUGUCAUGUGAAUGGGGUCCCAGUGUUGCUUUCCUAGUUUUUCUCUCGAGCUUUUUUUCCCCUCCCUCUUUCUGUGCCAGUCUUCUGAAGAGAAGCAUGGGCAUGUUGUUGGUGCGCCUGUGGCUGUGGCCUACCACCCUCUUCCUCCUUUCACCUAUAUGGUUGAUUCACUUGGCUCUUGUUUCUGGUCAUGGAGUAUGCUCUCUCUUGGGCUUAACCAAAGGGGGCCUUAGUGCCUUGCUUUUAUUAUU